UCCCAGCGUUAAAAAAGGUCAAAAGCAGCUGAGAAUUGCCUCAAAAUUAUUGUCAACUAGCUCUUAUUAUUUUAUCCUAAGUGGGUUCUCUUUCCUUUAUUUAAGAGGUAUCCAAGAGAGGUCCAUACCGACACGAAGAUCAGUGGCCGUCAGUGAGUGAAAGUGUAGCCAGAGAAACAAAAACAAUGGGCUCCAAAGCUCUCUUCUUCUUUGCUCUGUUAUCCUUCUCAGCUUUAGCUUAUUCUGAAAAUGAAGAUCAAGAACCUGGUCUUGUUAUGAACUUCUACAAGGACACUUGCCCUCAAGCUGAGGAAAUUAUCACAGAACAAGUUAAACUUCUCUACAAGCGCCACAAGAACACUGCAUUUUCUUGGCUUAGAAACAUCUUCCAUGACUGUGCUGUCCAGUCAUGCGAUGCUUCAUUGUUGCUGGACUCAACGAGAAGGAGCCUGUCUGAGAAGGAGAUGGACAGGAGCUUUGGAAUGAGGAAUUUCAGGUACAUUGAGGACAUCAAGGAAGCUGUUGAGAGGGAGUGCCCUGGAGUUGUUUCCUGUGCUGAUAUUCUUGUGUUGUCUGCUAGAGAUGCCAUUGUUUCGCUAGGAGGGCCUUUCAUUCCUCUCAAAACAGGAAGAAGAGAUGGUAGAAAGAGUAGAGCAGAAAUCCUAGAACAAUACCUCCCAGAUCACAAUGAGAGCAUUACUGUUGUCCUUGACAGAUUUGCAGCCAUGGGUAUUGACACCCCUGGAGUUGUUGCUCUUCUAGGAGCUCACAGUGUCGGCAGAACCCACUGUGUGAAGCUGGUGCACCGUUUGUACCCAGAGGUUGCACCUGAGCUGAACCCUGACCAUGUUCCACACAUUCUGCAUAAGUGUCCAGACCCAAUCCCAGACCCUAAGGCUGUGCAGUAUGUGAGAAAUGACCGUGGCACACCCAUGAUUCUAGACAACAACUACUACAGGAACAUUUUGGACAACAAGGGCUUGCUAAUUGUGGAUCAUCAACUAGCCACUGACAAGAGGACUAAACCUUAUGUGAAGAAAAUGGCCAAGAGCCAAGCCUACUUCUUCAAGGAAUUUUCAAGAGCAAUUACUGUACUUUCUGAAAACAACCCUCUCACUGGCACCAAGGGUGAGAUCCGAAAGCAGUGCAAUGUUGCCAACAAGCUGCACUAGAAGCUGUGUGUACAUUUGUUCUAGCUACUCUAGCUAUUAAAUUCUCUUUCUUGUGAUGGAGAACAGUAUGCAAAUAGCUAGUGAAAUAAGAUGGCUUUUUUUUUUUUAAAAUCAUGUUCGUUUCAUUCAAGUUUGUUUUCUUUUCCUUCUCUGUUUCUUGUGAGAGCUUGAAGAUGUUAGUAAUGGGUAUGGUGGCUGUGGGAUGGAUGAAUAUGGAUGGAUGGAUGGAUGGUGGGGAUGGUGUAUGUAUGCUAUGUUGCAUGGAUUACAAUAAUGUCGUAUAAUGGAUGAUUCAUGCUUUAAAAGCUUUUCUAUUA